GCGAGAAAAUUGAAAGUUCCGCCAUUUUCCAGCGUGGACUACGGCUACGUGCCAGAUACCAUUAUAGAGAGAUAAUAAAGAAGGAAAUAAUAAAAAUAAAAAUAAAUAAAGUCAGAGAAUUUGGGAAUUUUUCAUUUUUUUCAACAUUCUGAAAAGAGAAACUAUUUUGCUGUUUCACAAGUAAAAGGAAAGAAAAUAAAAAAGAGAGAGAAGACUCAGAAGCUCAGGAAUUCGAAAGAUCUAAUCUUUUUGUUGAAAUCAUUUUGCUGGGAAAUUUUGAGGGAAUUUUCUGAUUUGUAUUAUUUUCUUUCUAUUUUUUGAAAUUUCAUUGAAUAGUGAUUUUUCUAGAGAAUUGAGUGAUUUUUGUUUCCUUUUUGGUGGAUUUCAUUUGAUAUAAUUAUGAGGGUGAUUAAAGAUUGUUGCAGAUGUAAGAAAAGAUAGAAUUUUUUGAGAAUUUCUUGGGAAUUCUGGGUUUUUUGUGGGUCUUUUGAAGCUUUCAAUUGAUGAUGGCCGCCAACAAACCCAAGAGGCUCUUUGAAGUUUGGAGGGGCAAUAAUAAAUUUCUCUGUGGAGGAAGAUUGAUAUUUGGACCUGAUGUGGGAUCAAUGUUUUUGUCGAAUCUCUUAAUUGCCGGGCCAGCGUUGACUUUUUGUAUAAAGGUGUUUGUGAAGGCGAAAGACAACAGUAAAUGGUAUCCUGUAGCAGCAGUUGGACUAUUCCUAACCAUCUUGGACUUAAUGUUUCUAUACAUGACAUCUGGGAGAGAUCCUGGAAUAGUCCCCAGAAAUUCGAGGCCCCCUGAACCUGAAGAAUCUGAUAUAACAAACCCUUCAAUGGAGUGGGUCAAUGGAAGACACCCUCAUUUAAGAAUACCUAGAGUGAAAAAUGUAUUAGUGAAUGGUUACACUGUUAAGGUGAAGUUUUGUGAAACAUGCUUGCUUUAUCGCCCUCCGCGUGCUUCCCAUUGCUCCAUUUGCAACAACUGUGUACAGCGGUUUGACCAUCACUGCCCCUGGGUCGGUCAGUGCAUAGGACUUAGGAACUAUCGUUUCUUCUACAUGUUCAUACUUACGGCAACAAUCCUAUGCCUAUAUGUUCACAUAUUUUCUUGGGUUAGCCUAGUGAACGAACCAAAGGGUCUUUUGAAGGCUAUGGCACACGAUAUCCUCUCUGUUGUCUUGAUUGUAUACUGCUUCAUAGCUAUCUGGUUUGUUGGAGGCUUAACUGUUUUCCAUUUCUACCUUAUGAGCACCAACCAGACAACUUAUGAAAAUUUUCGCUACCGGUAUGAUAAAAAGGAGAAUCCACAUAAUAAGGGGAUACUCCAGAACUUAAGAGAAAUCUUCUUCACUCGACUAGCCCCUUCAUUGAAUGAUUUCCGGGCAAUUGUGUCUGAAGAAGACCAGGUACCAGACAAACGGAUGCAUGUUCACCCAUCUUUUAAAGCGGAUUUCAGCUCAAAGGAGAAAAUAGACAUUGAAGCAGGUGAUAAGCAUCAUGAUGAUGAAGAUUAUACACUUCCUAAAAUUUUGCGCAAUUUAAGCUAUGAUUAUAUUGAGGACAAUGUAAAAAGCAAGAAUAGUGGAGAAAGGAUCUACCAAAGAAGUAGCUCUUUUUUGGUUGAUGAAGGACCAAGAAAUUUUUUGCAUAAUUCCGUCGCUGAAGAUGAGUUUGGUGAAAGGAUCUACCAAAGAAGUAGCUCUUAUGGUGCCGCACAGCCUAGCACACAAGAACCCAGACAUGAUCCUCGCCCAUCUGUAUAGCAGAAGACUGAUGUCAGCUAAAGUGUUGAUGUUGUUUCGGCCAUGAAAGGUCUAAAUCUGUCUGAAUCGACUUGUGAAGUUCAGAAUAAUAUUGCACAUAAAAACAUUGAGACUCGGUGGUGCUGUGGUGGAGCAAAAGUCGAGCUCCAAGGAAAUGACACAGAAUUUCCCCCUUCUUUUGCCUACAAGAAUUUCCAAACAUUCUAUGUACUUGAGAUUACAUAUUGUAACUUCUUUUUAGCUUUUUUUUGUUUUUCCUCUUUUUUUGUUGGGGUUUAUAGUUUUGUAGGGUUUGAAGAGCUGACAAUUGACAGAAAUGCAUGAUUUUUAUAGGGUUGCUUAAAAAAUGUACCAUUCUACACUGCUGUCUUCUCACAACUGUAAAUUAUUGACAAAUAGUUUUGACCCUUAUACAAUAUACAUGAAUUGGGUUAUUUAAUCUUUUAAAUAGCUAAUUGUUCUUUAA